AACAGAAAAACCUACAUUCAACCAGUGGGGUACCCUCACAUGGCCCUUGACUCUCUUAGGAGGUACAUCCAGGUACAUGUCCUAUGCCAGGGCGCCCAGAAUUUAUGUAUAUCGCCAGCUCCUCCACCGGGGACAAUUUGAGGGCCCGAUCCAGCCUUCCGACUGUCGGAGUCACAAAUAGGCCUAUGGUAUGACAAUUUAAAUGCUGGACUGACAAAAUAUACCUACACGAUGGUAGGAAAAGCUUAACAGUUUGUAUGAUGCUUUUAUACUUCAUUUUUACUUGAUCCGCUGACCGAUUGGGAGCCAUCGGAAUACAUAUUUUUUUAGAAGAAAGGGGUUAUGUGGUAGGAACAUUAAGAAUGCUUAACUUGGAUAUUAAUAGGCCUAGAUUCAUGGCUCAAAUAUUAAGAAUCAUGCUUUUGACAUCUUACGCAUUUACGCGGUCAGUGAUCCGCUGCCAGGCUUUGGCUUGUCUGGGUUGCAGAGGCUUUGGCGUCCCUUUUCUUGUGGUAAUGUCCUUCUCCUCGUCAUAGCUCUCCAGGAGAACCUGGAGUUCCAUUUAAUUGAAAUAAGCGGCCCGUUUCGCCAUUUCGAUCAGGGUUUCCAUUAUCCAUACAUCACGUCUUUAUAGGUUUGGCGUGGACGCGCACAACCCUGUGUUAACCAACCCCGUGUUGAUUGAACUAAUACAUAACCCGUGCGGUGGAACCUACAGCUCUGGUUUAGUUGGCACAGGGUCAAUCAAACUACAGUUCAGCGUUAACUCUGUGUUUGUUAAACCUCCGUUCGUGGAAUACCCCGCAGUAGUGGGUGAGUCUUUUUUUCUUGCGUUAGCGAUCACUGGCCACUUGACACCACAUCUGCCUUUCAGAGACGGGGGGGACUCAGUUUGUGUUGAUGUAAUCAUGUGGCCGGUGAUCCUCGCGCGUCUUCCAGAGGGCGGAGUUCAGUCCGCCUAGAGAAGCGCUGCAUGUGUGUGUUCGUUCAGUAGCCAGAGUAAAGCCCUGUGUGCAUGCGUUCUGUACCCAGAGUAGCCUAAAGCUCUACAUAUUUGCGUUCCCAACCAUCCACGACAAGGGAAACUUUUCGCUCAAGACACGCUGAACACGUCAUCUCCAGGGGAUCAAUAUGUGGGCCUGCAGUGUGCUGUUCUCCCUGCUGCUGGUGACCCUGGGGGUCAGCAAGGGGGCCCUCUCUCUGGCCCCUACCUACGGGGAGCGCGGCUCUGACCUGGGCCUGCGGGUCUUCCAGCAGGUGGCCCGUGCCCGGCCCCAAGAGAACUUGGUGCUCUCCCCCCACGGAGUGGCCUCCAUCCUGGGCAUGCUUCUCCCGGGAGCCGAUGGAGAAACACGAAGACAGAUCUUCACUGCCCUCCGCUAUAAGAAAAAUGGGCCUUACAAAAUGUUGAAGAAACUCCACAAGACCCUGACUGCCCGGUCCAACCAGGGGCAGGUGCUCAUCGCCAAUGCCCUCUUCAGCCAGAGGGAUUUCCCUAUGGACCAGGGCUUCAUGGCGACCAACAAGGCAAACUUCCAAUGUGAAAACGGUACUGUGGACUUCAGCGACCCCCAGGCAGCCGCAGACCGGAUCAACGGCUGGGUCAAUAAUAAGACCAAGGGUCACAUCCCCAGCCUGGUAAAGCCAGACAUGCUGGACCCGGCACUGACCCGCCUGCUAGCAGUCAACUCCAUCUACUUCAAGGGGAUGUGGAAGUCCCGCUUCCAGCCCGGGGACACCAAGAUGAGGAGCUUCAGCGGGGGCGACGGCACCGCCCACAAGGUCCCCAUGAUGUCCCAGCUCUCCGUCUACCCUAUCGGCCAGGCCAGCACGCCCCAGGGCCUAAAGUACAAGGUGGUGGAGCUGCCCUAUCACGGCAACACAGCCUCCAUGCUGAUCGUCCUGCCCACGGAGGAGGACACGCCCCUCUCUGAGGUGAUCCCCCACAUCAGCACGGCCACGGUCCAAAGCUGGGCACCGCUCAUGCACCAAAGGAAGGUCCACCUGUUCAUCCCCAAGUUCACGGCAGAGGCAGAGGUGGAUCUGAAGGCCCCGUUCUCAGCCCUUGGACUUACAGACAUGUUUGCUGAUGGCAAGGCUGACUUCAGACACCUCAGUUCUGAGCCUGUGCAUGUGUCUGCAGCACUGCAGAAGGCUAAAAUCGAGGUCAACGAGGAUGGGACGAAGGCAUCAGCUGCCACCACUGCCAUUUUGUUGGCGCGGUCCUCCCCUCCCUGGGUCAUUAUAGACAGACCUUUCCUCUUCUUGGUCCGACACAACCCAACCGGUACUAUUCUCUUUGCAGGCCAGAUAAACCAGCCGUGAGCCCACACGUCCAUGGCCACGUCUAGAAACCCAGGACACACACAGACGGCCUGGAGAUUAAUCAGAGCCUCAAAUGUUUUUGUUUUAAUAAUGCCUUUGUUACCUUUUUUGUAAUAUAUCACAUACCUUGUUGUGUGUUUUGUAACAACUAAACAUUUUCAAUAGUUACAAUUUCUUUGCUACUGUUUUUGAAUUCUUAGUAUUUGUGCUGAAAAUCAAAUAAUGCAUUUCAUUGGAAAUGGAGAUCACCAGUUUAUUUAAAGUUUUCCUGCUUCAAUUUGGGAAGUAUUCAGCGUGGGUCGUAUUAUUUGUCCUGAAGGUUAAGAUUCUGCCUUUUUUUAUUUUUAUUUUUCAUUAAAAUGUGUCAAAUAUUGACACAUUUUAUAUUUAUUCCAUAGUAAAUACAUAUUUCUAACAGCUGGCUGUGUUCUCCUUUUGUAAAUCAGCUGGAGGGGGGUGUCGUUAUCUCUGUCGGGUGUACUCUGGUCAUAUCGGUAAUCCUGAGUGUAUUCUGGGCCCAGUUUUUGAAAAGUGAUCCAUUGGGAUCACGGAUUGGAUCAAAUCAUGGAAAUGGGUUUUUCAAAGCUAAAGAGGGAUUCCGAACUAAAAUCAGAUCAUGCAAUCGGAUUUGAUAUUUGAUCUGGCUCAAACCUUUCCUUUGGGUAAUUCAAAACUUUGAACUCGGUUUGGGAUCUAUUUGAUCCAAAAAAACAGGAUUACUCUGAUCCCAUCGGAAGGGUGGAUUCAGUUGGUUAUCCUGAAAUGUGGUAUUUGGAUGACAGUGAUCCAAUCCAAUGUUCCUUUAAAAACGGGCUUGAAAGUAAGAUGGAUCAGCUGAUCCUGGACAGCAAAACAUGGGAUUUCCAAAUCCGGAUCAAUUUGAUCCAGAUAAUUUUUUUAAAGGUGACCUAUCAUACCAACAGGUGUGAGUGUGAUUAGCCUAACAAGCUGUUUCGGGAAUCUGCCCCAUAUGACAUCACUAGUUGGCGUGUCCACCUAGAUCUGUGCUGGAUAGAUUAGCAACGUGCCCUUUCAAAAAAACUGGACCCAGGUCAUAUUGGUAAUCCUCUGUGUACUCUAGACA